CAUCCUCCACCAGUCAAGUUGCAGCCCAGCUUCCAUGAAGACCCUACUCCCCUUGCUCACACCGGGUGAAAUGACCAGGGACGUGAUCGCACCUUUGAGUGAGGCGAAAGCCCCACCAGAGGCCCGUGGGAAGUGCCCCAGAGUAGUGUUCUAUUGGUUUCUGGUUAUAAUGAUAACCAUGGCCCAGGUUCUAGCUGGAAGUUGUCUCUCGUUUUACUUCCUCAGCAGGCAUCUGGAGAAUGCGAUACCCAAAUCAGAGAAAUGUAUAACUCAUUGGAUAGCUGCAUCCAGAUCGCAACAAAGAAUAGGUGAGAAUCAGAUACUCGCGUGGGAGACCUCUGUUGGUAAUGUAUACACUGGAACCUGCACAACGUACAACGAGACUGAAAACUCAUUGGAAAUAAACAUGAAUGGCUUCUACUUCAUCUAUAUCCAGGUGAUGUUGGAGGGUAAUUGGAAGAAUGUGGAACUCAACAUAAACAAUCAAAGCACAGAACAUUCACAAAGCUCAGGAGCGCCGCAUUCUAACACUGUAUACUUUGGGAGCACGCACAAGCUGCGAGCAGGGACAAAGAUUUUGGUCAAAUUAAAUCCUGACCGUGUUCUGGCAGGCGAGACACAAACAUUCCUGAGUCUCUUUCAGUUAUAGAAAGGUCUCCGCCUUUUUCAGACGACCGUAGUGCUGGACCCAUCAGCAAACGCAAGAGGAGUACGGCACUCCAGUUAUGACGUCAUGUUACCAUUGCACAGUGUUCAAUAUUGGGUCAGCAAUGUUGAUUUUUCUCUCAUUGUAAUGCAUUACUUGUAACAUGGAGAAUUGGCUUUCACGAAUAACGAGCGACGUUGUGAAAAUCAGUGUACGGUCACAAAUCAUCCCUUUUUAUAACUGUAAAAUUUCUGUAAAUAAACGCUUAAAGUAAAUAUUUUUAACAAAAUGCUGCUGUUAGU